UUAGGGUUUCAAACUCCCUUCUAUUUAAGUGUCUCUACGUACCUACGCAACUCAAUGUGACGACUCUGCUUCGCAGCUUCACGAAUUGAGCUCCUUUGGACGAGAAGAAGCAAGAAAAUGCCUAAGCAGAUCCACGAAAUCAAGGAUUUCCUUCUCACAGCAAGAAGGAAAGAUGCCCGUUCUGUCAAGAUCAAGCGAAGCAAAGAUGUGGUGAAGUUCAAGGUCCGAUGCUCAAAGUACCUCUACACACUUUGUGUGUUUGACUCUGAGAAGGCUGACAAAUUGAAGCAAUCUCUUCCCCCAGGUUUGAGUGUGCAAGACCUGUGAAGAAGCAUACUGAUUUGAGUUUUGGGCUUAUGAGAACUGUUGUUUGGAGAAUGUUUUCUUGAUUUUGGUGGUCAGACGUUAUGAUGCUUGUGGGGACUUAGACCUUUUACCUAUGUAAACUUGUGGGCAUGAGCAUUUAGACUUGGUUGUUGAGCUUAAUAGGAAUUCCUUAAUGCUUUGAACUUGGGUUCUUGC